CUUCCCCCGUCGCAAUAACUUCGGGUACUUUUUGUUUACACGCUCGUCCGCUGUCCUCGGCCGCUUGUUGCUGUGCCUGUACCGCGGGAUUUCUUCGGGCGAACCUCCAUAUGUCCGAGUAGCUUUGCCGGGAGGGAGCCAUGGCGAAACAUCGGCAGCCAGAGCCGACGGCGCCACCCUCACCGGCAACGGCCGACAAGGAGGCUCAGCGCAAGCGAACUCGACCUCUGCCCGUCUUCUUUUGGGAGACGGUGCACGUCAUGAAGUGGAUGAAGCGUGUCUGCAUCAACCAUUACACCUCGUACUCAACACUGUUCCUCGAUCAUGAGAUCACAGGUCGAUCACUGGUGCGAUUGAAUGACGUCAGUCUUGAAAAGAUGGGUAUAAAGGAUGCCAAUCACCGGGAUGAGUUGUACCGCGAAAUUCUCAAGCUCAAGCUGAAAAGCAACAUUUUGGAGAUGAGAGACCUCGAAAGCAAAGGCACUGAAUUUUCAACUGUAGGGAUGAGCUGAAGCUACAUUCUGAAUACACUACGGAGGCAUAUUCUGGAAACACACACUCAGGUUCAUUAUAAAUGCUACUGUUUCUUAA